UGUUCUUGUUUCUCAACUAAUCCCAUUAAUGUCUCUGCAUUGAAUGCUGCUUGGAUUUAAAGAACCCAGCUCCUUUCCCUGCAAAAAUAUUACUUUUAGAGAGAGAAACUUGUAUAUGGUUUCUGGUUUUUGAGAGGUUUUUCAACCACCUCUGAUCACUGCAUUUAUGUUUGUACAUCUGGUGGUUAUAGUGAGAGAAAAACACAAGAGAAGAGAGAGAGACGGUGACAUUCAAAGAAACAGACUGGCCUAGUAAUUGCUUUUCUGAUACUUUCACCUAUAAAUCUUCUCUACUCUCUCUCUCUCUCUACUGCAUGUUCUCCUUUUUGUAACUCUCUCUCUCUCUCUCUCUCUCUCUCUCUCUCAUCUUUCUUUUUCUGUUUCAUGAGCUUGUUUGUCCAUACGACAAUGGUGAUCUGUUGAAGAACUGCAAGAAACUCAGUCAAAUCAACCAACCCACUGUUGUUUAAGGAAAAUUUACUAUGGAUGUGUCUAUAAUAGCUCUGCUGCUGUUCACGGCUGUAACUGCCUACCUGCUGUGGUUCACCUUCAUCUCACGGUCAUUGAAGGGUCCACAUGUCUGGCCCUUAUUGGGCAGCUUGCCGGGGUUGAUCGAGAACAUGGAUCGCAUGCAUGAGUGGAUCGCAGACAAUCUUCGCGCGUGUGGUGGCACGUACCAAACCUGUAUAUGUGCCAUACCAUCCCUAGCUCGGAAGCAAGGUCACGUGACUGUCACGUGCGACCCGAGAAAUCUGGAGCACAUACUGAAAACCCGGUUCGACAAUUACCCCAAGGGUCCCACGUGGCAAGCUGUAUUUCAUGAUCUACUUGGCCAAGGCAUCUUCAACUCUGAUGGUGACACGUGGCUGUUUCAGAGGAAGACUGCCGCGCUCGAGUUCACAACUCGGACUUUGCGCCAAGCCAUGGCUCGGUGGGUGAACCGAGCCAUCAAGCUUAGAUUUUGUCCGAUACUCGAGGCGGCUCAGUUGGAAGCCAAGCCGGUCGAUCUCCAAGACCUCAUGCUCCGGCUCACUUUUGACAACAUAUGCGGCUUGGCUUUUGGACAAGACCCGCAAACCCUUGAGCCAGGGCUCCCCGACAACAGCUUUUCAUCAGCUUUUGACCAAGCCACCGAAGCCUCGCUGCAACGGUUUAUAAUGCCAGAAGUCUUGUGGAAGCUGAAGAAAUGGCUUCGGCUGGGUAUGGAAGUCAGCUUGACCCGAAGCCUUGUACACGUGGAUGAGUACUUGUCCAACAUCAUUAAUACACGUAAGCUGGAAUUGAUGAGUCAGCAAAAAGAUGGUAACCCUCAUGAUGACUUGCUCUCAAGGUUCAUGAAGAAGAAAGAGUCCUACUCGGACAAAUUCUUGCAACAGGUGGCACUCAAUUUCAUCCUAGCUGGACGCGACACAUCAUCGGCCGCCCUGAGCUGGUUCUUCUGGUUGGUCAUCCAAAACCCAAUUGUCGAAGAGAAAAUAUUGCGUGAAAUUUGCACCGUCCUGAUGGAGACACGAGGCGAUGAUGUGUCAGAAUGGGUUGAUGACGAGGCACUUGGGUUCGACGAAGUUGACCAGUUAGUAUAUCUCAAAGCUGCCUUGUCGGAGACACUCCGGCUAUACCCGUCGGUCCCGGAGGACUCGAAGCAUGUCGUGGCCGAUGACGUGUUGCCAGAUGGCACAUUUGUGCCGGCCGGAUCGUCGGUCACAUAUUCGAUAUAUUCAGCGGGGAGGAUGAAGUCAACGUGGGGGGAUGACUGUCUAGAAUUUAAGCCAGAGAGGUGGUUAUCAGCUGAUGGAAAGCAAUUUGUGACGCAUGACCCAUUUAAAUUUGUGGCGUUUAAUGCCGGUCCAAGGAUGUGUUUGGGGAGGGACUUGGCUUAUUUGCAAAUGAAGUCAGUGGCAGCAGCGGUUUUACUCCGCCACAGGCUGACGGUGGUGCCGGGCCACCGGGUGGAGCAAAAAAUGUCGCUUACAUUGUUCAUGAAGUAUGGGCUCAAGGUUGAUGUGCACCAAAGGGAUUUGAGAGAAAUUGUGGCUAGUAUUAAGGAGAGAGAGGGUGAGUUGCAUGGGAAAGAGACUCCUAACUACUUUUAAGAGUUGGCGGUGGCCGUGGCAAUGGGCAGUGGUGGUGGUGGCCGCGGCAGCUAAGGGUGGUGGUGGGUGGUGCUCUUUGAUCUUAUAGAUAUAUUUCAUUCAUUGUUAUGACAGAGAGAUGCAAUUUGUAAGAAGAUAGAGAACUUUCAUAACAGUUAUUAUUUUGUUUUUUGUUUGAUUACUUUUGGUGAAGUGUCUCUCAUUUCCUUGAUGUAGGCAACUUUGCACAAUCCUUAUUUUUCUAUUUAUUUGAUCCAGUGUAAUUUUGGUUCUUUCCUAUAAAUAAAAACGGACUAGUUUAAAUCAAA